GAAAAAGACGUAUUUAGGAAAACACCUGACCUUAAAUAUGAUCAAGCUAUUGAACAUCUCAAGAAUCAUUACAUUACACCUGAAUUGAUUCAAAAAUAUGAAUUAGAAUUCAGUGAUAUGCAACAAGGAGAUCAGGAACACCCUAGAAUCUUCUUAUCUCGACUUCAAGCCGCAGCUGAAUUAGCCAACAUUGAUAAUGAAGCUAUUAUCGAAAGUAGAUUCAGGACUGGAUUAAUUAGAGAAAUCAAAUUAUUCUGCAUCCAAUGUAGCUCCAAAACCCUAAAGGAUUGGAUGACUCAUGCCGAAGGAUGGUGGAAUGCGAAUCGACCUCGAAAAAUAGCCAUGGUGGACAACCCAUUCAUUCCUAGAAAUGCCAACCAAGCAUUGAUUUAUCACAGCAAUACACCAUACUACUCACAGCAACAUAAUAAUAAUCACAAUAUUGAAUUAGUCGAUCCAAACGAAUAUACAAUGUCAGCAAUACCUCUCAACAACUUACAAUUCAGUGGAAUAUCCUCUCAUAGGAAUGUUUAUUCAGAAAACUUAGCCAUGAAUCAGUUAGCAACGAUGGACAUCAAGAGGAACAACAAUAUACAUGGACAGCAAGAUAUGGGUACAGGUCAGCAACAAAGUUUGAUUGAAUUGAUUCAGCAAACAAUUCGUCAUGAAUUGAAUAAUCAACAAAAUGGUGGCCAAAACUCACGCAACUUUAAUCGUUAUAACAGAAAUCAGUAUGGCAACAGUAAUUAUCAGUACAAUCGAAACUAUGGUGCUCGAGAUAACUACAACAGAUAUAAUGGAAGACCUGAUUACAGUAACGAUGUACGAAAUUAUCAACAAAAUCAAAACAAUCAGCUUGUGGUAUCCACGCUACUAUUCAGUGCUUAA